AUGUAUUGUGCUGUAUUACUACUUCUCCUCACCAUAGGAAACGCAAGUUUUCCUGAUUUCUGUUUCCAGCCCUCUUCAGUGACUGAAGGAGACGUCUCUUUCCAGGAUGAAGACAACCGUAAAGGGACCAUUAAAGCAACUUCUGCUCUGAUAGCGUUAAAUGAGACUUUGUGCUACAAAGUAAAGAUAAGGAACCCUGAGGAAGAGAUAGUGGCAGAACGACUAUAUGCUGUGAAAUACGUCGGCACACAGCAGAGCUAUGGUUUUAAGAUAGGUUACAAUUUCUCAAUACCAGUGAUAGAGACUGAGUGUAUGUGCGUAUGUCCCGCAGCUAAAGGACGGGACUGUUCUGCAGCGUGGGGUGGCUGUAAGACCAGUACUAUUGGAGGUAUCACUAACGAGACAUGUUUUGUAGUCCAGGCAACAGGGCAGACUCCAGAAGGGUGUGUCUGGGUGGGAGGAGAGGCUACAACCUGUUGCAGGGUUACAAUAUCUCCAGACCAGCACCAGAGGGCUACUGUCAUCCAGCUUUCCACCAUGGAAUCUCGUCUCCUCUUUAACGUAACAGUACUAGAUUUAAAACACCGCUUAACCAUAAAGGAAGAAUACACACUUCCACUGAUGGACAGUCAGCUUGGUGUUCAGAUGGAACUAGACGAGUUCUUCAAGAUAACAAUGAAGUUAGACGGGUCACCAAAGAGAACCAUCUCACCGGGUGACUAUAUCCUGUACAAUGACAAAAUCCACCACUUUUUGGGAAAUAGUUUGAACAAGUUACACGGUUAUGAUAUGAGCAAGAUAGGAUGGUACAAAGAGAACCAGCUAGGAGAGAUAGUGUUUAGGGAGGCAGAUUUCCAUGCAGCUAUGAAGAUCAGGACAAUAAACUGUGGGAGCAGCUCCGCUGAUGUAGAGUUCAACGGGAGAUACUACAACACCAAGGAGUCUCUGGGAGAAAGUGAAAGUGAAAGUGGUUAUAAGCUGACUGAUAACCUCGUUCCUUUAGAGCAAUACUACGCCCCAGAGAUUAAAGAAGUGAAGGUUAACACAGGAUUCCACUCCCGCUCCGUUGACCUGACUCUCCAAAGUUCUAGAAGAGUUACUGUGGACCUAUCGUAUAGACAAAUGUACGAGGGGAAAUAUUCACGCCGGAAGAACUCUACAGAAACAGCUUGGUUACAUGACUUGUCGAGGAUUGGUCAUUUUGAAGCUGCGAUAAUAAAAGAUAGUUACGGCAACAACAUUCUUACUAUAAAGUUAAUCGACAGAGCAGUUGGUGUUAUAAUCGGUAAGAUUGAGGGUGGGGAAGUGGAUGAGGAUCUGACUAUUACUGUUCCCAGUCUCAGUUCACAGUUUGUGAUAAAGCAAGAAGUUAUAACCGCAUGUGAAGCCAAACUGUGGGUCUGCCUGAGAACACCCAGUACUGAAUCCACCCGUCGGACCUGUCGGAAACCAUCGUGUACAACUAGGCAGGGAAAUAUCUUCAAAAUACCAUCAGCUCAUCUAGCUCACAAGAAAAUAGAGGACUUGAGCUACCUGAAGAUGGGAACUUGGGCCAACAUGGGAAACCCUGCCAGCUGGUUUGAUAAGUACUUCGAGGUAGGGGAAAUAAUCAUGGCGCUGGCUUACUUGCUAGCUAUUGGUAUCAUAGUUGGAGUCGUGUUUAAAGUAUACAAGAAGGUCAAAAGUGCUAAGGAGGAUCAGUUUACAGAUGAUGAACGAUAUCCCGUAUAUGGAAAGCGCAUGAAAAGGAUAAAAUCCUUUUUUGAGUCGGAGGGUCUCGAUGAAUUUAAUGAUAUGAAGGAUGUAGGGUUUUCUAAAUCCAUGGAAGAUAUGCUGAACGAUGGAAGCAGAUCAGAGGACUGGAAUCAACCCCGGAUGCAUCGCAGAAACAGCAGUUUUUAA